CAAAAUGGCGACUGCAAUGUACUUAGAACAUUAUUUAGACAGUUUAGAAUCCCUUCCAGGUGAGCUACAAAGAAAUUUCAAUCUCAUGCGAGACUUGGAUCAGAGAACCCAAGAUCUAUUGAAAGAAAUCGACGGGCUAACCACUGAUUAUAUGACAAAUGUAAAGACUUUGCCUUCAGAAAAGAGGAGGGAAAAGUUGAAGGGAAUUGAUGGAUUAUUCAGUAAAAGUAAAGAGUAUGGGGAUGACAAAGUGCAACUGGCAAUGCAAACUUAUGAACUUGUUGACAAACACAUCAGAAAAUUAGAUGCAGAUCUUGCCAGAUUUGAAGCAGAAUUAAAGGACAAAAAUUCCAAUAAAACAGGAGAUUCUGACAAGCACAAAGACAAACUCAAAGACAAGAAAAAGCGCAAAAAUUUGAAAGAGGAAUUUGAAGACGAAAUUCCCAAAAAGAAGAAAAAGAAGGGUCAAGCGGUGGUGGAAGAACCAGAGCCUAUGAUGCCAAUAUUUCCACUCUCGAUCACCCACCCUUCAGACGUGUUGGACAUGCCUGUCGAUCCAAAUGAACCCACUUAUUGCUUAUGUCAUCAAGUUUCUUAUGGUGAAAUGAUAGGAUGUGAUAACCCGGACUGUCCAAUUGAAUGGUUUCAUUUUGCAUGUGUCGGUUUGAAUGCCAAACCAAAAGGAAAAUGGUUUUGCCCAAGAUGCUCAGAGGAAAGAAAGAAAAAAUAGUGUUUAUUAUUCAUAAUCUCAAAAUACAAAACACAAAUACUGUUAAUUUUAUCCCAUAAUGACAUUUUAUAUUUUGUUUUGCCAGUGUAGCACUCUGAUUUGACUUGCUACCGUAUUUUUAUUUGCGAUGACCAGAUAAGUUGUUUGUAGUCAACUCAGCAUUUUACCAAAAUUGAUCCAAAUUUGUUAAAAACGGCCCCCAAAAAGGGUCAAAAUGGAAAUGCAAGUUAUCUUUAAGUGCUGAACUAGCAAAUUGAAAGUCUAUUUUUGUGUUUUAAAAUGAUCAUUUUAAUCUCUUGUUUGUGAUAGCAAUUGUGAUGAGUAAGAUAUAGAGCUGGAACAAUAUUAUGCAUCACGAUAUUACUAUCGUGAUACAUACAUAUGAUAAUAAUCAUGGAAAAUGGAAAAAAAGAAAGUGACAUUCAUUCCACUCUAAUUGAAAUUAAACCAAACUUUCAUUCUGUAUUUUUUAUUAGGUUUUAUUUGUAACAUAGCCACUUCAAUUUGGGUCAAAAUACGGCCUCUUGAAGGUUUGCCUCAAUAACCUUUUGACCUUAACUGUUGACCUCUGCUUUUGACCAAUCAAAUUUCAAGAUAUUUGAUGUUUGCUACUGUUUUUAUUCUGGAUACCCAAUUGUUACAUUUGUUAAUUGUUUAAUUAGAUGUUUCUCACAGUAUUUUCCUUCCAUGUAAAUCUAUUUUGUUAGUGAUGUGAUAAACUUAAUUAGUGGUGUCAGAAUUACAGUAACCAUGGAAACCAUGGAGAUUGGAAUGGAGCAAAUAGAUGCUUUAAAUGUCCUUGAUAAGCAUUAAGUGCAAAAAUAAAUCAUUUAAGAAACUGUUAAGAGAUCUCUUCGUGUCAUUUUAGAUCCCUUUUAUUUGCACCUUUCUAAUUUUCUGUCAGCUACCUGUAAUUAUAGAAACGGUUAACUGUAUUUGACGCUGCUAUCUUAUGCUUAUAUAAUAUCGAAGCGCCUUGGCAAUAUCAAAUAUUUCAAUAUGGACAUUAUUUACCAUUGCUAUUGGAAAGUGAAUUAAUAUUGACUAAAUCAUUUCAUAUUUUAUUCAAAUCUGUGUAUAUAAAAAGUUGUUUUAAACCUGUUGAAAUUUUAAAUGUUAUCUGUAAAUAUUCUGUUGCAUUAUGUGUUGACAUUAAAAUUAGAAUUUUU